UUAGUAAUCUCUGUAAAACAACGGUUCAUUUUUGCUUGAGUUAAUUUGGGAGCUGAUAAAAGCAGAAUCGUCAUUAGGAAUGGACAGCAACUAUCCCAAAAAUUUGGUGGAUCAGUACCUCAAAACGUCCAGCAACCUUAAGAAAAUCGAAAAAGCUUUAUUCAAGCGAUUUCGUCCCAAUGUGUCCGAGGUAAUGGACGACUAUGGUCGCCUGGCCAUUAAAUUUGAAGAAGCUGGCAUCUAUCAAUACGCAGCAAUGUGUCAGCUAGGUGUGGCCAAAUGCGAAAACUACCUUGCAAAUUCUAUGGCGGAAUGUCAGGCUUUCUUGAAGGCAGCCCGUUUAUUCCUAAAGGCACAUGAAGAAAUGGAGUCUCUGCUGUUAAGAUCAAAUCGCCAGGAAUACAGGGAGACCGCAUUGCAUUGCUUUACACAAGCUGUGGAGAAAUCACCAGAUGACAGUGUCAUCAAGGCAGCAAUUAUAAGAGAAAUGUCACCCCUACAGCCUCACUAUGAGGGCACGAGUUCUUUCAACUCUCCCGCACAUCGUAUCUAUGAACUAGAAUUAGCCACAGAACAAAGUGUUAUGAAUCAAGAUUUUCUAACAGCCUUGCAACAGCUGGACGAUAUAGUCGAUAAUAUUUAUGAGCGCAAAAAGCAAAACCUUUACCAAGAGGUGUUGGCUAGAUCGGAAAUCUAUCGAGUUUUACUUUUGGUUGCCCUGAGUUUACCACCGGCACGCCAGACACCAGCCCAUAUAAAACUAAUUGAGUUCUACACACAAUUGGCUGAAUUUCAGCUAGAAGAAGAUAUUAUGCCUAGUCCUUCGCAAUCACCCAGCAAGACAGUACAUCAGUUGUAUGCAUCUUGGAGGCCUGGUUUAUAUUUAACUCAAUUUCAAAAAUAUGCAUUGUGUGAGAUAGUAUUAGCAUGGCAUUUGGCUAAACCAAGAGAGCUUAAAGUGGCUUUGCAAGAAUUUCGCCACAAUUUUAGCUCACUGACAGAUGCCCAGAGAUUUCUUAUUAACUGUGUAUUGGAGAAAGUGGAGAAAAAGUGUUAAAAAAGGUAUUUUCAUUCGUUUCUUUUCAAAGAUAUUUGAUAAAAACAUUCCUAUUUAUUAAGUCUAA